CAAAUAAUGAAAGGGUGGGUCACUUAUAUUAAAUGAAUUUACAGGUAUGCAGUAGUGACAGGUGCAAACAAGGGAAUCGGGGUGGAGAUAGUGCGGAAGCUGGCCUCCUAACGGCUAGAGAUGAGAAUAGGGGGGAGGAAGCUGUGUCAUUGCUGCACAAACAAGGCCUUUCAAAUGUUGUUUUCCACCAGCUUGAUGUUCUGGAUAAGCACGGCGUACCACGCUUGGAAAAUUACCUAAAAGCACAAUAUGGAAGGCUUGAUAUUCUGGUUGAUUGGCUUUUUACUUUUCUUUCAUAUUUUCCCCUUUAUUGUCUUGCCACUGUAGGUAAACAAUGCAGGAGCUAGUGGAGUUGUUGUUGAUGAAGAAGCCUUAAGGGAGUUAAAUAUAGCCCCUUUAGACUGGCUUGCAGGGAAGGCUGUUGAUUUGAUUCAAGGUUCAAUCAAGACAACAUAUGAGAAGGCAAAAGAAUGCCUUGAUACUAAUUACUAUGGAGUGAAGAUGGUGACAGAAGCACUUCUUCCUUUGCUACAACGUUCCAGCCAAGGGGCAAGGAUAGUAAAUAUCUCCUCUCAGGAGUGAAUUAAGGGUAAUUAAGUAGAAUUAAUAGGCUUUUCGUAAUAUUUUACAUCAUUAAUGUAAACAUAUCACCCUAGCCCAUUGCUAUAGAUCAAACUAACACCUUCAUGAGAACUGGCUUCUCAUUCAACACAUAUAUUUUGGGUUAAUUGCAUCUACCUCCCUCUAGGCUUAGACAAAUCACCAAAUGGUCCUCGAAGUUUCUAAAAUUUUUAAACAAGAAACUAAAAGAUAUCCUGGGAGUUGAGUGUUUACACAAAUUAAAAUGCCCUCAUACUGUGCCUGGAAGAUUUUUUCUAAAAACAAGUUUUAAAUAUUUCCCACAAAAUGCUUUUAGAAAACGCCAUGCAAGUGCAGUAUGAACAUCAAAACAUACUCUUUCAAUAGAUUAGAAGGGCUAUAUAUUUAGUUAUGGCAAAUCUAGCUAAUAAGUGGUCAAGGGGCUGGCCGGGUUUAUGCAGCGCAUUCCCAACGAGCAGAGAAGGAAGUUGCUCGGGGACAUUGAUAAUCUGACAGAAGAGACAGUGGACGAGAUUCUGCACAACUUUUUGUGUGAUCUGAAAGAUGGAAAACUGGAAGCUAACGGGUGGCAAAUGAUGCUACCUGCAUAUAGCAUAUCAAAGGCAACGCUACACGCCUACACCAGACUUGUGGCAAAGAAGCACCCUGACAUGUGCAUCAACUGCGUCCAUCCCGGCUAUGUCAACACAGACCUCAAUUGGCACACUGACUGCAGAGGAGGGAGCUCGAGGUCCCGCAAUGCUGGCUCUCCUUCCUCGAGGGGGACCCACUGGAUGCUACUUUGACCAAACUGAAAUGGCUGAAUUUUAAUAUGCUUUCUACUCCACUCUCCAGCGCCGUAUUUUUUAUUCAAGCAUAUGCCAAUUUAAGAAGAACCGUUUCUUGUUUUUUAUGACCAGCUCUAUCUGAUUCUGUAAGAAUGAUCAAAUAUCCACUAGUUAAAAUAAAUGAAAGCCUGGAUCAAAUCUUUGGGAAGGAUCAACUUU